UCAACUACUGUUGUCUUGACACGGCGGCCGGAAGGUGACCCAAAAAAAAAGACAAAAUCUCAAAGCAGACGAGUAGACGACCAAUUUGCACAAGCUGUACGUGCAUGCGUCGCCUAUAUAAAUUGGCAUGCAUUUGCCAUGUCUUUACAUCACAAGUAAGCAGCAGCUUGAGAUCUUUCAGUACUCUCUUUGCUAGCAGUAGCAGCUACUAGCAGUAAGGUGAGAACAUCAAGAACCGUUCAAACACCCAUGGCGGCCUCUGCAACGGAUCCCCUCGCCACGGCGCUUGUCAUGGCGGCGGUGGCGCUCAUGCUCACCGCCACGACGACCCACGCCGCGCGCCACCUCGCCGACACAACCCCGGCGGCCGCGCCCGCCGCCGUCGUCCCUGGCAUCCCUGCCGUGCCGAAGCCGCCCGUCGUGCCCACCGUGCCUGCGGUGGUCGCCCUGCCACCGAUGCCCGCCGUGCCGACGACAGUGCCCGCGGUGGGCGCCGUCCCACCGAUCCCCGCAGUGCCGGCAGUCCCUGCCGCGACGACCUUGCCGCCCAUGCCAUCUGUGCCGGCGGUCCCCGCGGCGACAUUGCCGCCGAUGCCCAAGGUGCCAACCGUGCCGACCGCCGCUGCGUUGCCUCCGAUGCCGGCCAUCCCCUCCGUACCCAAAGUGGCGCUGCCGCCGGUGGUCCCGUCGUCCGUGCCCAAGGUUACCUUGCCGCCGAUGCCGUCCGUGCCCAAGGUGACACUGCCGCCGAUGCCUUCCAUCCCCGGUGUGCCGAUGCCGUUCUUGGCGCCACCUCCUUCGGCUUGAAGCGCGCUUCUGCGGCAUCUGCCAAUGUCUGAAUUCUUGUGGAUGAUUGGGUCAUUCGAUAGUGUGUUUAAUUUAAUUUGCUGGACAUGCAUGCUGUUCUUCGCAUGAGCAGAUAUGAUUAUAUAUACUUGUUGAUGAUCUGUUGUAUUCAUGAGUGUAUUAGUUGAUGUAUUCCGUUGUAUACAUAUAUAUACAUAUAUAUCAUCGCAAUUUUCACAUA